GACUAUAUAUGAUGUUUUUCACGUUUUUCAUAAUUUUAAAAUAAUUGACAUUUGCAGCGUGAAAUGGAACGUAGAAGGUAGACAGUUACGUAAAAAAUUACACUAGAGGUCGCUAUAGUGCAUCAACACCUCGAAGCAGCGACGUCAACGGUGCAAAUAUUUUUUGUUUUCUAAGUGAAAAAUGUUGUUUUCAAGCCUUUUAUAAGUUAAAUUACUUUUUACAAAGUUACUAUAAGUGUUUAUCUUCAAUCAAGUGUUAAUUUUUUCCUUAGAAAGUCGAAAGUUUAGUGUUUGAAGUUGUAACGAACUCUGGGAUCGCUCACUUUUGGGAAUUCAGGUGUCAACGAGGAUGAUAUUCUCCUCAUAUUCGGCGCCGUUUAGCUAAGAUUAAGAUAAAUUAUUUCACCAACGUCCCGUCACAAAAGAUAUCACAAUGCAGCGGCAUUAAGCUGCAAUACAGGUGGUAUCUCGCCAUGCAGCGCGCGGGUGGGAGCAGGGCCUGUGCGCCAUGAGCCACACUCCUAUAGGCGGCCACCCGCAAGGUUGGGAUCACAAGCUUGCUGACCGGUCGUCGCUGCCGCCGGCCUCUGGCGAGGAGAGGAAGAUACACUCCAAACAUGUCUUCGCACAACCACAUAUGUCUAAAGUGGGAGCGUCCGGAGCUCUGCGCUCGGAGACGGAGGGCUCGUCGGGCAGCUCCGGGCAGUCGGCGCGCUCGCUCGCCUCGCCGCCCUACAUGCGGUGGGCGCGCUCCCUGCACGACCUGCUCGAGGAUGCAGAGGGCGUGCGCCUGUUCCGCAAGUUCGUCAGCGGCGCCGGAGCCCUGCACGUGGACCGGCUUAACUUCCACUUCGCCGUGCAGGGCCUGCGCCAGGAGACGGAGCAGACCAAGAUCCGCCAGGUCGUCUCCGCCAUAUACAAGUUCCUCCGCAAGUCGGCGCUGGCGAUGCCGGAGGAGCUGAAGGCGCGCGUGAAGGCGGCGCUGCGCGACGGCGCGCCGCUCGAGAAGACCGUCUUCGACCGCAUGGAGCAGGAGGUGACGCGAGCCAUAACGGAGUCCACCUACCAAGCCUUCCUGCUGAGCGAGGCGUACGUGUCGUACGUGUCGGCCGCCACGCAGCCGCUGUCCUCGCCCGACGCCUCGCCGCCCGCGCCCCGGGAGGUGAGCUCGGGCCUGGCCACCCUGCACGAGGGGCAGGAGCUGGGCGCGGGCGCGGCGCCGGCGCCGGCGCGGCUCACGCACGACGCGCUGCUCGCCACGCAGGCGCGCCGCCUGCACCACGACCACGCGCCUAAGCACCGCACGAAGUCGGUAUAUAGCGCGCACGUCACCUACGCGGGAUACACGCCAGCUUCGAGACAAGAUUCCGAGCGAGCCAGCCUAAGCAGUGGCCGGACGGAUAGUGAUGUCGUCUCGCUCUCCGGGAGCAGCGUGGACGGCCUGUCCGUGCGAGGGACGCGGGAGCGAGCGCGGCGGCCGCGGCUGCCCGGUCUGGACCGGAACGCUGUCAUUAACAAGGAGCAGGACACCGCUAUGGUGAUCCCGCGAACACAGCGGAUGUCAGCGGAGGCCCUGCGCGUAUUACCGCCGGCCGAAUUUGCUCCUCUCCUCAUCGAGAAACUGGAGCGGGUGCAGCGCGACCAGGUGUUGAAGGAGCGCCUCGAGCGACGUCUGCAGGAGGGUGACGGGGAGGACGCGUCGACGCAAGCGUUGCCUCCGCAACUCGUCGCGGCCGCCAUUCGCGAGAAGUUGCAGCUGGACGACGAUAACGACCAGGAUAUCCUCGACCAGCACGUGUCGCGCGUGUGGUCGGAGCGCACGCCGGGCGCGUCGCCGCCGGGCGGGCGCCGCGCGCGCCGGGCGCCGCACCCCGCGCACGCGCGCCGCGCGCCCUCCGCGCUCUCCGCCGACUCCGGCCACUGCGACGCCAGCGAGCGCGCCCCCCCGCCCCUCUCGCACUCCAGUUCCCUCCGCAGAUCGUUCUCGAAGAAGACGGUGACGGAGCUGACGGACAGCGGCGUGUCGGUGGUGAGCGACGGCGCCAGCGCGGGCGGGCGCGUGCUGCAGUGGAUGGCGGAGGGCGAGCGCAGCCGCCGCGACAAGGAGCACUCGCGCGCCUCCUCCGCCGAGCGCGACGAGCCGCGCCGCCGCCCGCACCCCGCGCUGAAGCCGCGCGUAAGCGGCAACGCACGCAGUGGCACGGGCGGCAGCGGGAGCGGGAGCGGGUGCGGCGAGCACACCGUGGUGGUGGUGUCGUUCCUGGACGAGGCGGUGCCGUACCGCUUCAAGGUGCCGCAGGUGCCGCUCACGCUGCGGACCUUCAAGGACUUCUUGCCGAGGAGGGGCAACUACAGAUACUUCUUCAAGACGGAGUGCGCGGACCUCGACAACACCGUGAUCCAGGAGGAGGUGAGCAACGACGCCGACACGCUGCCCAUGUUCGACGGCAAGGUCAUGGCGCGCGUCAAGGCCAUCGAGUGAGCGCUCGCCUCGCUCAUCGUGCACGCUACGCCCAGCGUGCACGCUUUGUUCGACGUGCACGCUUCGCACGAGUGUUCUGUGCUACGGAGUUUGGACUGAAAACGGUCAGAUCUGGAUUGUGAUCAGGUGUCAUAUUGCGUGCUAACUCUAAUUUUACUCUGUUGAGCUGAAUAUUUUAAGGAAUGUAUUCAUUGAAUAUUACCUAGCAUAGUGCCCUUGAAUAAAAUAGUGUGGAAUGACGUUUAAAUAUAAUUUCAAAAGUUUUUAUGUAAGUCUAUUCUGUCGAAUUUAUAACUUUCUCUAUUGUUUACAACAACGUUGCGUUAUUUGCUGGGUAAUAUCAAAUGAAUACAUGCUCCCUGUUUUCGUCAAAAAUAAGGUCACAAUUUUAUUUUUGUGAAAUGCCACUUCGUCAGUUGUACUAAAUUACGGCACGAAAAUGGAUCUGACAAAAUUUGCGUCAUUUUAAAUCGAAAUAAGCUAACUUGUACAGUUAAGUCAUCGAAGUGGUUUAAAAUAAAGAGUUAUGCACAAAUCUCAUACAACUGAUAGAUACAGAGCACGAAUUGUGAUAGAUUUAUGAACAUCCGACGAAUUAUGAAAUUUAUAAAUGAAUAUAUGACAGCAGGUUAUCAUAUCGUAUCGAUACUGAUUAUUCGUUGUGCUAAAUAUAUUUAGUAAAUUAUUGUGUAUCGAAUGAAACGGUUAAAAACCAUAAUCAAUUGUUUUGCCAAUGUGUACGUGUAUGUACGGACGUUUAACUAUUGUCAUCGAAUAGUUUUAUUGACGACAACUCACACUCGAGGCAGUGCGAAGCUAGAAUUAUUAAAAUUAUUUAUUUUAUAGAAAUCAGUGUUAAGUACAAUCGCUAUACAUACGCGGCAUCUUAUUAGGUUCCUCAAAUUGAAAUUCAAGCGCAUCGUCUGAUUUGUAAAGUUGUAAUUGGAUUAUUUAAAUAUUCUUCAAUUUUGUGAUGUAGAACAAUGUUUAAAUAUUUCGAGAAAUACAAAUUAGAUAAUCUAGAAAUCAAUGACUGCGUUAGGAUUUCAGUGACUUUUGUCGAAGUUGCGAUGACAUUAGCAAACUCGACCAUCACAAGGUUCCUUUUACUAUGUCAUCGUACAUUGAUCGCGUAGUUUUUAUUUUUACACGGAGCUAGUUCAGUACGCUUGUACAAUAUAUUUUAAGGCCGCUCGAUAAGCCACAUGUUUUAUUAUUAAUUUUUAUAUCAGCUGACCGGACACUAGGCCAAGCGAUCAGUUUUUUCGUCAAAAUAAAUGGGUGGAUCAACUUUUUUUUGUUAUUCCCCAUUAGCCAGGCGACAAUAGUAACAAUAUUAGAAAAAAUGUUAUAGUAUGGUCUACUAUAGACGCUGCAAGUUAAGAAAUCAAUUUUGACAGUUAUGAAUUGACUUGCCACUUAUGUGACGAAUAAAGUCAUCAUUGCCGUUUCACAAUCUUCAAAUAAGCUUAGCUGGUAGAUAAUGUGCAUGUUUUAUCUGGCAGUCAAUUUAUUUUUGAAUUAGCUAUCCAUAUAUAUAAGGGUCAAUUCAUAACAGUCAAAAUUUACUUCUUAGCUGCGUUAGACUAUAAUAUGCUAAGUACAUUCUGGAAAGGGCUUAUAAAAUAUAACUGUCAUAAUAAUGUAUGUUUGGUUAUUUUAAAUACAAUAAAACUGUGGUUUUAAGAGUUACCCAGGAGACCGUAA